CGGCCGCGGAGAUGGACGAUUUACUGGACCUGGGCGAGGAGAGACGACGCAGCUCGACCACCUCCGGAGCCAAGAUGGGCCGCCGAGCUCAACAGGAGUCAAUUCAGGCUGAGAAUUUCUUCAGUAGCAAGAAUUCUUCCCUGACUCAGACUGGAGAGACUCCCCCACCAAAACCACCUCGACGGCAGGGAGGCUGGGCCGACGACUCCAUAAAGGUGUCAAAAUUGGGAAAGAAAUUUUCCGAGGAGAUGGAAGACCGCCGCCUCAGACAACACAGCCUGACUGGAUCAGAUGAAGAAGAUAUUCCCGUGAUCCCCGAUCUGGAAGAUGUGCAGGAGGAAGACUUUGUGCUGCAGGUGGCGUCCCCUCCGAGCAUCCAGGUAAACCGAGUGAUGACCUACCGUGACCUGGACAAUGACCUCAUGAAGUACUCCGCCUUUCAGACUUUGGAUGGAGAAAUUGACCUGAAGCUGCUCACCAAAGUGCUGGCGCCUGAGCAUGAAGUAAGAGAGGAUGAUGUAGGCUGGGACUGGGACCAUCUGUACACUGAGGUGUCAUCAGAGCUCCUCACGGAGUGGGACCUGCAGCGGGCAGAGAAGGAGGACCCUGUGGGAUCGUCUAGGUACACCUGACCCUGGAACAUCCAUCCCUGUGCAUUCGGACAAAUGCAGGAAGUCUAAAACCAGGGGAGCUUGAGAGCAGCUUAGAAUUUUUAUACUGAAUGUUUUGUAAUAACAUAUUUAUUUUCAGUAGGCCACAGUGGAUCACUCCAGUCACUCCAGUUCAAUAAAUGGUUUUAGUCUGUGA